UCCUUCUCCUUUCGGGAUGGACAAGAGAGAGCCAGGACUGAACACUGAGGACUCUCCUCCUCGCUGACUCAGCCGGAGAGGAUUCGAAUUCGGUUUCGUUUUCGUUUCUUCUCAUCUGGAGGCUGCUUUGCGAGCGGAUCCCUUUGCCUGGCGCCGCUGGACUCGCCUCAUUCGCUUCGCCUGGAGCCAGAGGAGCCAAAGGGUCCCCAAGAUGCCCAAAGCCACGGUGAGGGAGAAGGUGGAGAUCGGGAAGGCGUUCGCACAGUACCUGAAAGACACGGGUCGAGAAACCUUCAGCGACAGAGAGAAGCUGAAGAUCAUCUACAACCAGGAGUUCCGGAAUAAUGCAAGAGGACCCAACUUCUCCUCUAUACUCUACUCACUAUCGAUUUCUGGCAAUGCUUCAAUCAGUCAAAAGCAUGUGAUAUUUGGAAGGGGAAACAAGAAAAUGACACUUACUGAUCAGUACUGGAGGCCACCAAAAAAAGUUGGAGAUCAGCCUAACCAGGGCCCAAGUGCAGAUGGUGGGCUACCUCCCCGUCGGUUCCGUGUUAAGGACAGAGCUGAAUUUAUCUCCAAGAAGAAUGAAAUUGACAUAGUUUCUACAUGUGAUGUAGGUAAUGGUAAAAUCAGUUUCCACGUGUCUCCUAAUAAGAGCGUUGAGAUCCGGAUUGAGGUAAUCAAUAAUGGGACAAGUGACGUCACACUUUGCAAGUAUCAAAAAAUACCUAAACGGCGUGAAUUCACCUUGAAGGCUUCUAUAGUCCCACCUGUGAAAAUACCACCAGGGGCAAAGUAUGAGAUCCUGGUAUGCUGUCUGACCCAGGAUUAUGGCUUCUUUGCUUUCACCCUGAAGUUUGAGUUCAUGACUGAGCAGAAUGAACGCUUUGUCAUAGGACGUUUUGUGUCAGCUGUAGCCAAUACCAAGUUAGCCGAACAGCUGCGUCCCACAUCAACUUACCAACCAUAUCAAGUCAAACUAUACAAACCUCAGUUUGUCACGAUAGAAGAUGGUGUCCCACCAAAUAACUUUUCUAAAUUUGAUACAAAACUAAUAACUCCAAAUACUUACAAAUACUCACCAGACUUCAAGGAUCUGGUUAAGUACCUGGCAGAAGGCUCUACACCCAGUAAUGCCAUCUGUGAUAGAGUUGCUCAGAUCAGAAAUGAUCUGGAAGCUCCCCUCCAGUUUGACAACUAUUCUAGCAAGUUUUGCCUGCUCCUUCACCUGGAAGAGCUCCAAAUGGAAGUGGACAUCCGCAGAUAUGAUAUGCUUGGUGUUCCUAUGGUUGCUGAUCGGGAUCUCCUUGUCCUGAAUGCUCCUGGUGUUGCUGAGAACCGCCCCUCAGUACUGAGAGGAGAUCAUCUUUUAGCAAGCUUGGCUGAUGAGCAAGGACAGCUGCCCAUUGUCCAGUAUAAGGGCUAUGUUCAUGCUGUGGAGUUGGACAGACUAAAGCUGGGCUUCUCUGAAAAACUGCUAUACAAAUUCAUCAAUAAAAUGAAGUUCAAUGUGACCUUCACCUUAAAUCGUGUGCCAUUACGCAUCCAGCACCGUGCUGCUGAACUUGCCCAAGAGAAACAGCUGCACUACCUCCUUUUCCCAUCUUUGUCUUAUGGGAAAUCACUACUUACUGUCAAUCAACGCCUCAAUCUAUAUAAUCCUAGCAUUGAGAAAAACACUGAACAGAAGAAAGCUGUUUAUCGAGUGGUAACAGGAACCUCCCGACCAGCCCCAUACCUUAUAUUUGGACCACCAGGUACAGGCAAGACUGUCACCAUAGUGGAGGCCAUCAAGCAGGUGUUGCACUGCAUUGAGGGCUCCCAUAUCCUUGCUUGUGCCCCUUCCAACAGUGCCUCUGACCUACUCUGCCAGCUCCUUAGACCACAUGUGGAAAAGAGGAUUAUGUACAGAAUGAAUGCCAGCAGCAGGGAUUAUGGCACAGUCCCUGAAGAUAUCAAGCCCUUCUGCAACUGGGACAAGGAAAACAAAUGCCCCGUCUUUCCCAAAAAAGAGGAGCUUCUAAAGUACCGGAUCAUCAUCACUACUCUAGUGACAGCUGGAAGAUUGGUCUCAGCUGAUUUCCCUCCUGGACACUUUUCACAUGUUUUCAUUGAUGAGAGUGGCUAUGCUGUCGAAACUGAGAGUCUAAUUGCUAUUGCAGGUAUCCUAGCCACAAUGGACCCAAAGUCUAAUCCUAAAGGUGGCCAACUGGUUUUGGCAGGGGAUCCCAUGCAACUGGGACCAGUCUUGAGGUCUCCUCUGGCUAUUGAACAUGGCUUGGGGCUUUCCUUGCUGGAGCGGCUGAUGCAGCAGAACUCACUGUACCAGAAGAAGGAUGGGAUCUACAAUGCACAAUUUGUGACCAAGCUGUUGCGGAACUAUAGAUCCCAUGCUGCCAUUCUCAAAUUUCCCAAUGACAAGUUUUAUGAUGGGGAGCUGCAGGAACAUGGUGACCAUUGCAUCACUCAUUCUUACUGUAAAUGGAAAGAACUUGUUCAAAAGGGAUUUCCCAUCAUCUUUCAUGGAGUCUGUGGAGAAGACCAGCGUGAAGCGAGGAGCCCUUCCUUUUUCAACACUGCUGAGGUUGUUGUUCUGAUCAACUACCUGAGGAAACUGCUUCUAGAAGACCAAGGCAAGAAAGGCCAGUCCCGAAUUCUUCCCAAAGAAAUUGGUGUCAUCUCACCAUACAGGAAACAGGUUGAGAAAAUAAAAUAUGCUAUUCAUCUAGAAACAGAACUCAAAAAUCUCAACAAUAUCAAGGAUUUGAAGGUGGGCUCUGUAGAGGAAUUCCAGGGUCAGGAACGGCGUGUGGUGCUCAUUUCAACAGUGCGUAGCAGCAAUCAUUACUUAGGGUUUGAUGAAGACUUCAAACUUGGUUUCCUCAAGAACCCCAAGCGUUUCAAUGUGGCUGUUACACGAGCCAAGGCACUUCUGAUAAUUGUAGGGAAUCCAAUGACUCUUGCCAAAGAUGAAUAUUGGGCUGGGUUCCUCAGGUAUUGCAGGGAAAAUAAUGCUUACCGAGGAUAUCAGUAUGUGGAAGAUGAAAAUGAUGGUGAUGGCAACGAUGUACUGACAGCUCAGCUCCAUUCUCUCAGUUUGAAUAGAGACUCAGCUGAUCGCAUCUUAGGAGAGAGUCACAUCCAGCAACAAGUGGAACCAGAAUGGAGACAUGAGCAUUGAAGGCUCAUCUUGCCCUCAUUUUCAAGCUGCUAUAUUCUGAAUUCUUGAAUAAUUGACAUUUUUAUUGUCUAAUGAAAAAGCAUAUGGUAAUCCAACAUUUAAAAGAUUGGGUUUGGGCUCUGUACUUAUAGACUCUCAGGUGUUAAAAGCCAGUGCCUAGAAUUAUACACAGAAAUCUCAAAUUUCUGUGAUUAAAGAAAUCUUAAUUUGGAAUUGGAAUAUACUGAUUUCAUCAAGCCUUUUUGCAUCCCAUUUCACAAAUAUGCUGUCUGUAUGCUUGGUAGUGCAAGUGUGUAUGCAUUCUAAUGAUGAGAAAAAAUUAUUGCACAGUAUGGAGUGUUUUGAACCUAACUGUAAGCUCCUGAAUAAUUUUUAAAAAUUCCCUUUGAUAUUAAAAAAAAAUGAGAAUAGAUUUCCAGAUAGCUUUAACGUUUUUAAGCAAUGGAUGCUAGGAUGUGAAGCUUAUUCUAAAGUCACUGUCAUUUCUCACUCAAAUGUUAUCAUUUGUCAUAAGGUGUUUUUUGUAAAGAAUUUAUUAAAGCUUAUGAGAACAA